UCGUUCUGUCUGUUUCCCCGACGGCGCAAGGGGAAAUCCGGAAACUUUCUGGAAUCUAAAUCCUCAAAACUUUCAUUCCGCCAGCGGACAAACCCACGCCUCCGGUGGUCCCGGGCCCAUGGCAUGCCCAUAAUUCCGUUCAUUUACGGGGGGGCGUUCUGGAUUCGUUAUUUCAACCAGCGCCAAGAAUGGCGACCUCCGCGCCCGUGAAAGAAAGCCGGGCGUCCGGCACGCCGCCCCCACCCGGAAUUAUUAUUUAAGUUUUAAUUCUUGUUGUCAAAAAUCGUCAAAAUUCAAGAAGAAAGCAGAAAGCAUAAAAAAGAAAAUUUAUUAUUGUAACAUUAUAGAUAGCCCCCUCUUUAUUAGAAUCAGUUCGUUCCCCCUCUUUCCUCGUUCUUGCUUCGCCCAGUGAGGGAAGAAGUGAACUGCGGUGAUGGAGGCGGAGCCGCCCUUUGCGACGGCCGCGGCGGGGGGUAACGAAGCGGUGGCGAGGUCGUCGAUCUGGGACUUGAUCAGGGGCUGCGGGCCCGCGGGGAUGACGAUCGACAUGGAGGAGCUGAGGCGGAUGAUCUUGAUGCCGGAGUAUCUCCGGGUGGCCAUGGCGAUGUCCGUCCGGGCCAAGGACUGGAACGUCGGCUUGGUGGCGGCGUCGUCCAUAAAGAACCGGAACGGCGACGAGCAGGCGGCGCCGAAGGCGCCAAUCGUGGUUUUCGUGAACUCCCGCAGCGGGGGACGCCGCAGCCUGGCUCUCAAGGUCUGGCUUCAAAAGAUCAUGACCGAGGAACAGGUUUUUGAUCUUUCAGCUGUGAAGCCUUCUGACUUUGUUCAAUAUGGCCUCACUUGCUUGGAGAAGUUGGCUAAUCUUGGUGAUAGUCAUGCAAAGGCAAACCGUGGAAGACUAAGGGUUAUAGUUGCAGGAGGUGAUGGAACAGUUGGUUGGGUGUUAGGAUCUCUGGCAGAACUUUUCAUGCACAAAAGAAAACCAGUUCCUCCAACUGGCAUCAUUCCACUUGGGACGGGUAAUGAUCUUUCAAGAAGUUUUGAUUGGGGUGGUUCAUUUCCAUUUGCAUGGCGAUCAGCAGUUAAAAGUACUCUCUACAAGGCAGUUACUGGUCCCAUUUGCCACCUUGAUAGUUGGCAUGUUGUGAUUGUAACACCAGAUGGACAAUCAAUUGAACCGCCACUUUCUCUCGGACAAAUGGAAAACGAUGCAUUUGGUCAGGACCAGGAUGUGGACAUUGAUGGAGAAUUGCCAAAAAAGGUUUCUUGCUUUGAGGGAGUCUACCAUAACUAUUUUAGCAUUGGAAUGGAUGCUCAAAUCGCAUAUGGUUUCCACCACAUACGUAAUAAAAAACCAUAUCUUGCACAAGGUCCAAUUUUGAAUAAGUUGAUUUACUCUAUCUGUAGCUGCACCCAAGGGUGGUUCUUUACACCAUGCGUGCAUGAUCCAGGCUUAAGGGGCCUCAAGAAUAUUUUACGGCUUUACAUUAAAAGGGCUGACUAUGCAGAUUGGGAGCAGAUUCUGGUUCCCUCGGGUGUCAGGGCAAUUGUUGCUUUAAAUCUUCGAAACUAUGGUAGUGGAAGGCACCCGUGGGGUCAUCCUAAGCCUGAAUAUCUAGAGAAGAGAGGCUUCAUUGAGGCUCAUGUGGAUGAUGGUCUACUCGAAAUCUUUGGACUAAAGCAAGGCUGCUGCAAUUAAGAUGGAAAUCAGAGGUGGUGAGUGGAACCAGGCUUAUCUGCAAAUGGAUGGGGAGCCGUGGAAACAGCCAAUUGCACAGGAUUUUUCAACUUAUGUGGUGAUAAAGAGGGUUCCGUUCCAGUCACUUAUGAUAAGUGGAGAGUGAGACUGUUUUUUUGGUUAGAGAAAGUGAUACCGUUUGGUUACCAUGAAUCAGGUACAUAUCUAAAGGGAGAUCAUUUUGUGUGACCAUGAAACUGUUGCAGCUUUGGCAACUAAUACUUGCAUGCUGUAAUCGUGCUUCCAGUCACUAUGGAGAACAAUUACUUCGGGAGAGUAUUUAUUCUCAUGGCUUAAAGUUGAUACCAGUUCAAGUAUCAUUUUAUCAUGCAUAUGUGCAGUUUAGGAGGAAGAACUUCAAACAGUGACAUUAAAAUGCUGUAAUAGCUCUCUAUCUUAUUAUCUUAUUUCAGUAGAGUUUAUCUUGUAAAUCAAACUUUAAUUUGACAUUGUUUACAUUGCUGGCAAGGCACCUUUAAAACUUAUGCUGAGAGCUCCACGUGACAGAAUUGAUGGCAGAUGCAGUGCUCCUGUUCUUUCUAAUGUUUUAGCACCUAUUUCUUCUGAAGAUGUCAUAGGCCUACUGGUUUUUCUGUAUGAAUGGAUGUUAAGUU